GACCGCAACACAUCGAAGUGACAGUUUUGUCAAGCCGAAGUGUUUUUAUUGAGACGUAUGUUUUUAUUUUAUUUUACUUAUUAAAAUGCAACACCAAUAUUGGGUGACUAAAAAAAGCGUGCUACGAAAGCUGGGGGGUAAAGAGGACGAGUGCAUUGUGUCGUCGGAUGCAGAAUUGGACGCGAAAUUGGAGCUGUUCAAGUCGAUAAAUGAGACUUGUUUGCAGUUGCAACGUGUUAUAGAUUUGUACCAAGAACGUUUGUGUUAUUUGGCUCAAGAGGAGAACGCGUUGGGCAGAUAUUUGAAAGAAUGUGGGAAGAUUGAAAAAAAUUCGAGCGCUGCCCACAUCAUGAGCACAGCUGGAAAAGCUCUGGCAUACACAGGCCACCAACGUUUAACAGUUAGGCCCCCAUUGGUGAGACUUCACCAUGAAGUUGAAACAUUUAGGGCUAGAGCUGUGGCAGACACCAGGAACACCAUAAGUGAAAUGGAGAAGGCCAGAACAGAAUAUAGGGCUGCCUUAAGUUGGAUGAAAUCUGCUUCUACACAAUUAGAUCCAGAUACUGGACAUGGAUUGGAGAAAUUUCGCAAAGCUCAAUCUUAUGUUAAGACUACAAAGAAAAAAUUUGAUAGUUUGACACUGGCUUGCCUACAGAAAGUUGAUCUUCUUGCAGCAGCCAGAUGUAACAUGUUUUCACAUGCUUUAGUGCCAUAUCAGAAUGUUAUUCUCAGUUUUGCAACAAAAGCUGCAGAGACCCAAUGUUUGGCCAAUACCAAAUUGAAUCAGGUUCAACAACCAUAUGACUUCAGUGCAUGUACCAAUUUGGCACAUGCCAUAGAGACUGACAAGGAUAAAAACACGUUCUUUAAUGCCGAGUAUUCCGACAAUGAACCGGGAAAAGACAAAAAGGACCAAGAAACAAAAAAGUCUAAAAAAGAGGAAUUACAAGGCGAGAGCGUUUCGAAUCUCCUCGGCGAAGGCUUUACAAUCCCGUCUGAAACAGCUGAACAAGAAUCUCCGUCAAUUAUAGACGAAUCAAAACCGAGUUCGGCGCUUUUGGAUUUAAACUGGUCAUCAAAUUCUGGUUUUCUGGGUGGUGAUUUUAUGCCAUCAAAACUUUUACAAGAUAAUUCGUUUAAUUUAGACGAAUCUCCUAUUAACAACAAAACUGAAAAUGAAGUUUCUAAAGAUGUAGAUGAAAAAGUGAAAAAGAAGGGUGAAUCAAGUGGUUCUCAAGUUUCCUGGUUAAGUCUUUUUGCGGAACUGGAUCCUUUGGCUAACGAAAACUGUUCGACGAACACCGGCGAUAGAGCUUAAUGUUUCCUCAUACCAAUGUUUUAUUUAGAAUUUUUACAUAUAUGAAUAUUUUAAGUGUAUAUACCAAAGAAUAUAUUCCAUGUUGUGAUUUUUUUGCACUAGUCAUAAUGUAUGUUUAAUAAUACGAAAUAUAAAUAAGCAUCAACUAUCAA